GACGAAAUGGACAUUGCAGUCCCAAAUCCAACAUUAUACUUCGUAGAAGAUUCAUCCUCUAUACUUUUUCCUUUUUCUAUCCGACCAAAAUCUUGGCUUUUUGCUCAACGAGACUGAAGAAUCAGUUGAAACUGAUACCUAAAAAGCAACAAAAUGUAUCAAUAUCAUCACCCUCUGCGCAUCAUUCUUGCGCUGCUGAAUGGCCUGACAAUCAUCUCUGUCGUUUCUUCUACCGCCGAUUACCCAAUCGAGAACACGGCCGUGUCAUGCGGCUCUUCUGGAAACAAGACUGCACACGACGGGCGGCGGUGGGUUGGGGAUAACACCGUCUCCUUAAAAGGGAAAUCUUGGUCUUGUAGGGCCCAACACAAAGUCACCGUCUUGAUUGAUCCCGUCCCGUACCAGACAGCUCGGGCUUCUCACCGCCAGUUCACCUACCAGUUCUCAGUCAGGCCCGGCCCGAACUUUGUUCGUUUUCACUUCAACCCAUCCCCGUACAAGGGCUACGAGAAAUCCGUGGCCCUUUUUACGGUCAAAGCAGGGCUGUACACUCUCCUCAGAUGUUUUAGUCCUUCCCUCGCUGCUGCUGAUUCUCUGGUUGUCAGCAAGGAAUUCUGUGUUAAUGUUCAAGAAAGUCAACCUCUGUUGACUAUAACAUUCAUCCCAUCAUCACCCAUCAGCUAUGCUUUCAUCAACGGCAUAGAGAUUGUCUCAAUGCAGACUGGUCUUUAUUUCACCCCGGAGGGGUCCCACGUUGUCGGCCAGAAACACAGAUUCUACAUUGAUACGACAACGGCUAUGGAGAUGGUGGUGAGAUUAAACGUGGGAGGACAUUCAGUUAAAUCUGUACAGGAAAAAGAUGUUACCAUGUUUCAGGACUGGGAAGAUGACUAUGGCUACCUCCUUUCGCCGGGCCGCGGAGGAAGGGGGAUUGGUGCUUCCAUUGAAACCGCCAUGAGAAUAAAGCAUUCAGAGACUCAUAAUGUUGUUGCUCCUCUCAUGAUUUACCAAACAGCUAGGAAGAUGAAUGUUCAUAGGAAUGACGAUCUCACGUGGAGAAUUCGAGCGGAUUUGGGAUUCAGGUAUCUAAUCAGGCUCCAUUUCUGCGAAAUCGACCCUGAAAUAUCAGCAAGAGGUGAGAGGCAGUUCAAGAUACUGAUAAAUAAUCAGGUGGCUGAGGAUAACGCGGAUGUGGUUAAAUGGAGCGGCGGGCAUGGAGUGCCGGUGUUUAAAGACUAUAUAGCAGUGGGGGUGGGGGUGGAAGGGAGCGGGAAUCUGUUCAUAAGUUUGCAGCGCAACUCGGAUGAGUUGUGCUGUAAACAAAGAGAAGGAAUUCUGAGCGGCUUAGAAAUAUUCAAGUUGAGUAACCCUGACAACUCUCUUGCUGCUGCUUUACAAAGUUCAUUACUAUCAAAGCAGAUUCCAGGGCGGGAUCACCAGAGGAGGCAGGCAAUCUCUUAUUUUGACAGAAAGAAUGGGAUUGCAUCAGCAUUCACAAUAGCAAUCGUUAUGCUGAACAUUAUUGUCUAUAGCCUAAGGUGUCGUCUAUCAGAAGCUAACUCCGCCAUGAGAUGUAGAACCGCAGAUGCGGAUCAAACUGCUCGGCAAUUCUCGCUUGAGGAGAUUCAAGUAACCACAAAUAGCUUUAGCCACGAGUUCCUUAUUGGAGCUGGUGGAUAUGGUAAAGUGUACAGGGGAUAUAUUGAUGAGGGAGCGACUGUUGUGGCAAUAAAGCGCUUGAAGGAAGGGUCUAGGCAGGGAGAUAAUGAGUUCCAGACGGAGAUCAAAAUGCUAUCUGAGACCCAAAAUGAACAUUUGGUCUCCCUAAUUGGCUUCUGCAAUGAAGGAAAUGAGAGGGUAUUGAUUUAUGAGUACAUGCCUAGAGGAACACUUGAAGAUCAUCUCCACCAUAUUUCAACCGGGAACCUGCCGCUCUCUUGGGAAAUGAGACUCAAGAUUUCAAUAGGCGCUGCACAGGGAUUGCAUUACCUUCACACCUUCAACUGCCAUAAUGUCAUCAUACACCGCGAUGUGAAAAGCUCAAACAUUCUUCUCGACGGGGAUUGGGUGGCGAAGAUUUCGGACUUCGGUUUGUCCAAAAUGGGGCAUCGGGAUGAGCCGUUCGCUCACGUUAGCACAGACGUCAAGGGAACAUUUGGUUACUUCGAUCCCGAAUACUUCUUGACUCGAAGAUUGACAACCAAGUCUGACGUUUAUUCUUUCGGAGUUGUGUUGCUUGAAGUGCUGACCGGUAGAGCUGCACUGGAUAAGAGGCUUGUCAUGGAGCAAAAAAGUCUUGCAAUGUGGGCUGCAGGCUACAUGAGGAAAGGAAACGUUCAUGAAAUCGUAGAGACCAGUUUGGCGGGGCAAGUUUCUAGAGCUUGUUUGGAGGAGUUUGUUGAUAUUGUGCGAAGAUGUUUGCGCAAACAGCCACAUCGACGACCAGAUAUGGCUCAUGUGGUGUCAAGGCUUGAACUAGCCCUGGCUUUGCAACAAAAGGGGGAGGCGGAGGAGGUGGUCAUGAGUACUGAUAGUGAUCGAGCCUUUUCUUCCGACGACCUAUCUGGACCCUUCUCGGAAGAAUUAGUAAUAGGCAAAGGCAAAGACAUGAUUCACAUGGAGAAGAAAAGGAUGAGUUCCACCAAAAGAAGUGCACCAGCUCCCUGGCGUGGUUUCUUGAAACGCUUUACAGGGGCAAAACCUUCUUCCUCAGCACAGCCAUCAAAGAUAAAAGUUGAUCCCUCAACACAGCCAUCCAAGAUAGAAGCUUACCCCUCCUCAACAACACAAUUUGAAGGGCUUCUCCAUUUCUCUCACAAGGACAUCAAACAGGCCACUGAGAAUUUCAGCAAGAGUUCUGUUAUCGGUUACGUGGAAACGGAUAAGGUGUACAUCGGAUAUCUGAACGGGGAAUGGAUAGCCAUCAGAACUGCUAUAACUGAACCAUCAUCAAUUCAGAUGGCUUUUGAGCUACAAUUGAAACUAGACAAACUCUCACUGCCCAGUCAUCCUAAUGUUGUUUCUCUAAUCGGAUACUGCGACCCGCCUGACAAGGGUAGCUUUAUGCUUGUAUACAAUUACGUGGAAAAGGGUAGUAGUCUGUAUGAUUAUCUCCAUGACAGCCGUAAAGAUCCUCUUUCAUGGAAGCAGAUGCUAAAGAUCUGCAUUGAUGCUGGACAUGGUUUGAAAUACCUUCAGCCUAUCUUGAAACAGAGCAUGCUUCAUUGCGAUUUCAACUCCACCAACAUUCUACUGGAUGAGAAUUGGGCUGCUAAAGUUUCAGACAUUCGUUGGUCAAGAAGGGCGGACUAUAUUGGCCUUUUCGAAGGAGAAUAUCAGGAAUCCGUCUAUGUGCGAGAACCAGCAUCAGAAAAGUCAUAUGUGUUUGCAUUUGGUGGGCUUCUACUCGAAAUAUUAAGUGCCAACUGUGAAAUGAUACACUGGACAAAUCAGGAACGGAUAAGUUUUGCCCAGUGGUUCAGGUCAUACUCAAGAUGCACAGACAAAAACAUUUAUGGGACAAUAUCACCAGACUGCCAUAGCAUGUUCAUGGACAUUGCAAAGAGCUGUCUACAGGAGGAAAGCCGCAAAAGACCAACGAUGGGUGAGAUAAUUGCGGGUUUGGGGGCUGCACUUUGUUUGCAAGAAAAAAUGGAGGAUGAGGCUGCCAUGAGUAUUGAUAGUGACAGAGCCAUCUCUUUGGAUGACCUAUGUGAACCUUCUCAGGAAUCUUGAUGCAGCUCUGGAGUGGCUAGAGGCUUGCUAUUUCCUAUUGGGACUCCACAGGAGUUCGGAAAUGUACUUCAGCUGGUGGGUGCUUGCAACUUUAUUCACCAUCAACUCAAAUUUAGGAAGUGUUUGUUGUAUAUAUGAUUCACAUAUAGUGAUUAAAUAUGAUAGGGGUAUAAUUAAAGUUUGUUUGUUCUAGAUAUGUGUGUACUUAUUAGUUACUGAUUUAGUUUUAAAAGGCGUGAGGCGGCAUGAGGCGAUCCAUCAAUUUACCCGAGGCGCGAGGCGCAAGGCGAUGACGUGCGCUCCUCACCGAUCUAAACCACAUAUCUGUGGUAAAAUAUAUUUAAACAACUUCUACAUGAAGC